AGCCAAAUCUGUCAGUUCAAACGUCGCAAACAAAUCUUUGCCGGCACAAUUCGGAAGCCGUUGAUCCGAUGACGCGAAAAAACUAAACAAUGAUCGACGAAGAUGAUUUUAUGUACGACGAUUCCGGCAACGAAACGAGCGUUUCGAUGACGAAUACCAGUACGAGGUGUUUUCCACCGAGGAAAUCGUACAGAACAUGGUGGACAGCAUCAAGGAAGUCAACACGGUCGUUCAAAUACCGUCAACGGUAACCAGAAUUCUCUUGAACCAUUUCAACUGGGAUAAGGAAAAGUUGAUGGAGAGGUUCUUCGACGGCAACCAGGACGAGUUGUUUAGGAACGCAAAGGUCGUGAACCCAUUCAAAAAGGUGCGCACCGUUAAGCCAAAGUUUGCCAGCAGAGCGGCGGGAAAUGAAGAAUGCGAAAUUUGUUUCACGAUUUGCCCGUCGGCCCAAAUGACGGGACUCGAAUGCGGCCACCGGUUCUGUCUGCAGUGCUGGAACGAAUAUCUGACUACGAAAAUCAUAGAGGAAGGCGUGGGACAGACGAUUGCGUGUCCCGCGCACGACUGCCCCAUCCUUGUUGACGAUCAGACGGCGACCGCGCUAGUCCGGGACCCCCGCGUCAAACUCAAGUACCAACACCUGAUCACCAACAGUUACGUCAAGUGCAACAGGCUGUUGAGGUGGUGCCCCAGUCCAGACUGCAGUUACGCCAUAAAAGUAACCUAUAUCGACUCGAAACCAGUGACGUGCCGGUGCGGGCAUCAGUUUUGCUUCAGCUGCGGCGAGAACUGGCACGAUCCAGUUCGAUGCGCGUUGCUGCGCAGAUGGCAAAAAAAGUGUGACGACGACUCAGAAACGUCCAAUUGGAUCGCGGCCAACACGAAGGAGUGCCCUAGGUGUAACGCGACUAUCGAGAAGGACGGAGGCUGCAACCACAUGGUCUGCAAAAAUCAAAACUGCAAGGCAGACUUUUGCUGGGUGUGUUUGGGACCGUGGGAACCUCAUGGCAGCUCUUGGUACAACUGUAACCGUUAUGAUGAGGAUGAAGCGAAGGCUGCGAGAGACGCGCAGGAGCUGUCUAGGGCCGCACUGCAACGGUACCUCUUCUAUUACAACCGCUAUGUGAAUCACAUGCAGUCGCUCAAGUUCGAGCACAAGCUGUACGCAGCAGUCAAAGACAAGAUGGAGGAGAUGCAGCAGCACAACAUGAGCUGGAUCGAGGUGCAGUUCCUGCGAAAGGCGGUCGACAUCUUGUGUCGGUGCCGGCAGACGCUGAUGUAUACUUAUGUGUUCGCCUAUUACUUAAAAAAGACGAACCAGUCUGUGAUAUUUGAAGACAACCAGAAGGACUUGGAGGGCGCGACUGAACUGCUCAGCGAGUACCUCGAGCGCGACAUCACACAGGAAAAUUUGAUCGACAUCAAGCAGAAGGUGCAGGAUAAGUACCGGUACUGCGAUGGCAGGCAGAAGGUCCUGCUGAGGCACGUGCACGAAGGUUACGAGAAGGACUGGUGGCAGUACGGCGACUAGGACAUAUAUUUUUUUGGAAAUAGACGUCUUUAUUAAAGUGCGUGGUUUAUUGAACUGAUGCUCGCCCUAAAUUCUUUGUGAAUUGAACCCCCUAUGGCAAGCAAGGUGCCAACCUUCAACUUUAUUAGAAACAAGGCUCGCGCUCUGACCCCUCAGAUUAAAUUUUUUUGAAAUAAACUUCCUUAAAGUGUUUGUCGUUUAUUGAACCAAUGGUCGCCCUAAAUACUUUUUUGAAUUAUAAUUUUUUUGGACCGCUUAUGACAAGCAAUGUGCCAACCUUCAGCUUUAUUAAAAACAAGGCUUCACCAUGACACCUCAGAUUUAAUUUUCUUGAAAUAAACUUCCUUAAAGUGUUUGUG